AUGAAAGGUGCAGUGCUGAAGCGAUCAUCCGGGUCUGGUAAUAAAUCCUCCAAGAAAAAGAAAGAUACCACCAAGCUGUACAGCUCGCCGCCCAAAAUCUCGUUCCGGGAUCCUAUCGGACGCGAACUGCCGCCGUCGCUGCAGAAUUUUCGGUGGGAUGUCGACAAAGUGGAGCGAAAGCUGCAGGAAAAGAUCCAAGAGAAGACGCUGAUCGCCGGUAACUUCGUGUACCAACAGGCCUAUCGCUUGCUGGAAGGCAAUCGGGGCGAAGGUAUCGAUUUCCCAAGCUUCCGAGAGCAGCUACGGGUCAAGUUUGGCAUCAUUCUCGAUGAUAGUGAACUCCACUUGCUCUUUGACAAGUACGACGAGGACGGCAACGGCACGAUUGACCUGCACGAGUUCAUCCGACGCGUUCUGCCGCCCGAUUACAACUACGGUCGGCAAUGGUUUGAAGUCAGCCAGCUAGAAAGCGAGGAGAGGGCUGCGCGUCUCCGACAUGAAGCACGGCAAGAGUUUCUAGCCUGCCAAGGUCUAGCAACAUCAGAGGAUGUAAAUAAUACGGGCACGGCCUGCAAAUGGACCAUUCAGAAGCUCAUGAGACAAAUCCAGGCGAAGGUCGUGCAGAAGACCCCGAGUGGUGAGGAUCAGUAUCGCCGCGCGUUCAAAAUGCUUCGUUCUGGAAGAGAUCAAGGCAUCCGAAUGAACGGGUUGCAGUUCAAUCUCAAGACCAAGUUUGGUAUUUACGCGAGUGACGAUCAAAUGCGACAGCUUUUCGCCAUGUGCGACCAGGAUGGCAACGGUGAGAUCGAUCUACAGGAGUUUUUGCAAUUUGUGGACCCGCCAGCGUAUCCAAACAACAGCAGAGUGCCUGGAGGAAUUUGGACACGAAGUGACAGUGAUGACGAGGAUGAUAUGAGUGAAAACAAUGAGUUCGGGGGUGGUGCUGAGGCUGAGGCGAGUAUUAGCGGACGAAGCUCAAGACCUUCGACUGCUUCUCGACGAGAAUCAACGUCUUCGACGUCUUCUAUCUGCACCGAAGAAGCAAACGCCGCUCCUUCCAUACCGAGACGAGUCAAGAAAGAACGUCCUCGAACGGCUAACCCCCGCAAGACGCACAUGCUGCAUAAACGACGAGAAUUGGCGGACCAGCAGCGGAUGGCGCGUCAUGACCUCCUCCAGCAAGCAACGUCGAUGUCGAUGACUCCGGAUCUAGAAGCACUAUCACUUGCAAGCGGCGUUAGUGUGACCAGCGAAGUGGAUUCAGCUAGUUUUGCAGGUCGAAGUGACGGGUCUUAUACUCGUCCACGCAGUGCUGGAAGUGUGCGUUCCUACGCUUCAUCUGCCAGUAGCAGCACCAGUAGUAUCAAGGGUGCAGCGUACAUGAAGCGGCCACCUACUCCGCAAACACUCCGACAAAAGUGCUUGGAGUCGCGAGGAGUGGCGGCGGCAGCUGCAGCAGUAGCUCAGGCAAAAGCCCGAACGAAGCGAACAUUACUGGAAGCCACUCUACAGCGGGGUAACCACGUGAUGCCCCAAAACGCGGAGCGGCGCCACUCUUUCUCCGAGACGCCAUCGGUCUCCAGUGGGAAGCACUGCGCGUGCAACUGCUGUUGUCACCACAAAGACAGAGAUGACGAAUAUCGUUCCGCGCCGCGGGUGGUCCGUGUGCACGCCAAGCAGACUAACGCACAGCCGUACACACCGGCGCGCCGCUUGUUUCAUCGCAGCAAGGUCGUGUCGUCUAGCUGUCUGUAG